AUAAAUUUCUUGGUUUCGAGGGUUUCGAUUCUACUAUUUUAAUUUGACGGAGUUAAUUGGUCGGACUAUUUAGACGCUCUCCAAGCCAUGUUUAAAUUCUGGGGAUCACAGGAGCAACAACCUGAGCCACAUCAACAGGAUAAUUCUUCACAGUCUUGGUAUCCUCCAUCCGUCCUUAGCUCCCCGGGCUCUUCUCGUCCUUCAACACCAAGUAGCAACUCUUCUAGCAGCUUCAGUUUACAAAGGUCUACUGAAAGACCACAGUCUCCAGCUCAUAUUUCACCUGCUGAAGCAGCGGGUGUGAUUGCUGUUUUGAAGGAUAAGAGUGUUGACGAGUUAAGGAAGCUUUUGUCUGACAAGGAUGCAUACCAUCAAUUUUUACUUUCAAUCGAUCAGGUUAAAAUUCAAAAUAAUCUCAGAGAUGAACUUCGCAAAGAAACACUGCAGCUAGCAAGGGAGAACUUGGAAAAGGAACCAUGCAUUAUGGAGCUCAGAAAUCAGUGCAGAAUUAUUAGAACAACAGAGUUGGCUGCUGCCGAGGAGAAGCUACAUGAGCUUGAGAGACAAAAGGAAGAAACGUUGAGGUUCUGUUCCCCUGCUUCCCUUCUCCAAAGGCUUCAAGAUGCAAUGAACAAGACAGAUGAGGAAUCUGAAAAUCUGCACAAGCAGCUUCUUGAUAGGGAGAUCGAGCUCGGUCCUUUUGUGCAGAAAUACAAGAAGCUUCGCACCACUUACCACAAGCGAGCACUCAUUCAUCUUGCAGCUAAAUCAAGUUCACUCAGUUGAAUUGAUAUUACACAAAGAUGUAUACUUGGAACACACUGAAAUCUUACUUGCAGUUUCAAUGUAUUGGCUGGAUAAACAUGAUUGUCUGUGUAUUAUUUGGUUAAAUAUUUUCUCUUUGCUAGUAUAUCAGUUUUGACAGUACUUGUUCAUAUAAGUUCAACAUUCAUCGUGGUAUAGUGUUAUAUAGUUUAAAUUUCAUCA